CUCUUAAUUAAAACGCCUCGCUGAUUGGACAGAACGGUAAUCCCGCGGGGCCUCGCGCUCUUACUAACGCUCUUGUAGGACGGAGCGCGCGCCACACUGUGCCCAGGGCGAGGGCAGAACGCAGCGCGCUCAGCAGCGAGGACACGCGCACAAGUUCGCACGAGUGUGUAAAGCGCGCGUCUCAUAACUGUGUGCGUUUUAGCACAUCACACGCUUGUGUAAGGUGACCAGAUCAGGCGCGCGAGUGAAGAAGCGGGUGGGAACGAGGUUGGCUCAGAUUACAACUUUCACGUUUUCUGGGUACGGCUGUGAGGACUUUCAGAAAGCAAGAAGACAGCGUGAGAAAGCGCAAAGAAAAUCGAGACGGAACGCAGCGGAUAAGGUUUCACUUCCCGAUUUGAUUUUUAUUUUUGUACUUCAUUUCUUUUUAAUAUAAUGAAUGCACGAGAGGAGAAUCUGCUGAAAUCGAUCAGCAACGACACGCUGCUGGACCUGACGCAGCGUUACGGCCAAGCGGCACUGGGUUUCGGCGCGGGUCACGGCGCAUCAAGUCCUGCCCGCUUCGCGCUCGCCUCCUCUGCUGCUGCAGACUUCCUCACGGCGCAGACGGCCAAAUCCGGCGAGAGCGGCGGCGAGCACACGAGCGACGACGACGACGGCUUCGAUGUGGACGCUCGGAAACAGAGCCCGGCCUUUGGAGAGGACCCCAAGCACGCGGCCACCAAGAAACCCAAGGAGCAGCGCUCACUGCGCCUGAGCAUCAACGCGCGCGAGCGCCGGCGCAUGCACGACCUGAAUGAUGCGCUGGACGGCCUGCGCGCCGUCAUCCCGUACGCACACAGCCCGUCUGUGCGCAAACUGUCCAAAAUCGCCACGCUGCUUCUCGCCAAGAACUACAUCCUCAUGCAGGCGCAGGCUCUGGAGGAGAUGCGCCGGCUCGUGGCGUACCUUAACCAGGGCCAAACGAUCACGUCGGCCGUACCGAGCGCACUGGCCCCGUUCGGACAGACCGCUGCCACCGUAUACCCGUUCUCAGGCACGGCGCUAGCAGCCUGCGUGGAGAAGUGCUCGUACUCGGCGGCGCCUUCGAGUCUCUUCAAGCACUGCAGCGAUAAGCCUUGAUUCUCUCUCUCUCUCUCUCUCUCUCUCUCUCUCACACACACACACACACACACACACACUUACUCGAACUUAACCCGCAGCUGGUCUCAAUAAAUAUACACAAUUGAAAUGUUUUGUUGUUGGGAAGAGAACUUUAGUCUAAUACAUAAAUCUUUGACAUGUUUCUAUAAUUAAUAUAAUAUUUCAUCCAGAUCAUGUAAACUAUGUGUAAGAAGGAUCACAAUAUGUUUUGGAACUGGCGAUUGAAUUCCUCCCAUUCAGCCGCUUUUCUGCUCUGUCCUCUUAAUGAAGCGAAAAUAUUGUGACAAUAUGUGAUGUAACCAAUUGCAUUUCGAGUGCAUGUUCAGUGAUCCUAUGGGGGAAAAAAAGAUAGUUCUUCAAUAAGUCGAUAAUUACCAUUUGCAAACCUCAGAAGUUUUCCCAUAGAAUUUAGUUUAUUAUCGGUAAACUAUGCAACGUGCCAGAAAGAGAAAGAAAACCCUCAACAAUAUCAUGUAUAUUCAGUUAGACAGUCAGACAUGAAUAUGGGCCAAGCCCUGCCUAAAUUCUCUCUCCUUCUCUUGUCAGUGCUUUGUGGAGAAAACGCUGUGUAACACAUUUUGUUGGCCCAUGAUGGUGAUUUUGGAUAUGUUAAUGAACAUAUUCCCUUGAUUGUAUUGUACGACUGUGGAGAUCUACUAGAUGACGCCUAAACUGACAAAGCGUUUGGUCUUGUU